GCGAAGAACAGUAGGAAAGCAAUAGAAAACGAAACGUUAGUAGUCAAUUUCAAAUCCCUAAUAAUUAAAACUUCCAUUGACUCUUCCUGUUCCUCUCAAUCUUUUCAAUGUACACUUAAUCAAAUGAACAUUUUACAGAUAGAUUAUUGUUAUUAUUUAUAAAGAAAAUUAGUUUUUGUAUGAAUUUAUACAACCAAUGUUACUUGUUCUUGUAAUUAUAGCCGCCAGAUCAUCAUCAUCAAUUUCUCGAUGAGUGAUUCUCAGUUCUCUUCUCUUUCUUCCUCCUCCUACGACGGCUCCGCUUCUCCCUCCCCCGCCGCUCCCCCGCCGGAUGUGGUGGGGAAUGGGUCGAGUGGAGAUGCUAAUAGAUCUCGACAACUGAUCACUUCACAAGUUUCACGGCAUUGGCGAGAUGUGUUCUGGAUGGGGGUAUUCAUGUUGCAUCUAGUAUUGGUAGGUGUGGCACUUGCUGUAUUGGGGUUUAACAGGUUUAGGGAAAAGGAUAGGCUCAAAAUCGAUAGGUUCACGAACAUGUUCCUUGAGAAUCAGCCUGGUUUGACUGAGGACUUUUGGCCUUUGUAUGCCGUGGCUGGCACAGUGGGAACAGUUCUGGCAUGGGCUUGGUUGUUGUUGCUUGGUUCAAGUGCUAAUAGCAUGAUGAAAUUCUCGGUUCACAUCUUAACCACAUAUCUUGCUGUGAUCAGUGUGUUGUGUUUCUGGCAGAAGCAAUUUUUCUGGGGUGUUGCAUUUGCUGUUGGUGCAGUAUUGCAGUUUUUGUACGUAAUAUCAGUCAUAGACAGACUUCCAUUUACCAUGUUGGUGUUACAAAGAGGUGUGAAGAUGGUGUGGAGCCUUCCUGAAGUUGUGGGAGUCUCAUGUGCAUUCAUGCUAGUCAUGCUUUCAUGGCUAGUACUUUGGUCUUUUGGAGUAGCUGGUGUUGUAGCGCUUAGUAUUGGUGAUGGUGGACGCUGGUGGCUUCUUGUGGUGAGCUGGCAAGUGUUCUGUGUGAGUCUAUUUUGGACUGGUGCAGUACUGUGUAACAUUAUUCAUGUAAUAGUGUCGGGCAUGGUGUUUCUAGUUCUCAUUAAUGGUGGUCGGCAAGCAGCCUCAAUGCCUCCCAAACCAGUGAUGAGAUCCUUACGCUAUGCUGUUACAACCUCGUUUGGCAGCAUCUGCUAUGGUUCACUUUUUACAGCUGCGAUCCGGACAUUACGGUGGAAGAUUAGAGGAGUCAGAUCAAAGAUUGGCAAGAAUGAGUGUUUGCUUUGCUGCGUUGAUUUCCUCUUUCAUUUGGUUGAGACCUUAGUCCGUUUCUUCAAUAAAUAUGCUUAUGUCCAGAUUGCAGUUUAUGGUAAAAACUUUAAUCGCUCGGCAAGAGAUGCCUGGGAGUUAUUCCAAUCAACGGGGGUUGAAGCACUUAUUGCCUAUGACUGCUCAGGUGCUGUUAUAUUGAUGGGAACUCUUGUGGGUGGGCUGGUAGCCGGAACUUGUGCAGGAAUUUGGACAAGGAUCAAGCAUCCUGACAGAGUGAUGAUGGUGGGUUCUACUUCCUUGUUGAUGGGAAUGAUCUUGGUUGGACUGGCUACAGUUGUGGUGGAAAGCGCGGUAACAUCCAUAUAUAUCUGUUAUGCCGAAGAUCCUGUGUUAAUACAAAGAUGGGAUGCGGAGUUUUUCAACAAGAUGUCAGAGAUGCUACACCAGCGAUUACAACAUAGAAGUGCUCGGGCAACUCAAGUAUUGACCAGCAGAUUUGACAGCCAAAUGCAAGAAACUGCUGCCGUCUGAAUUCCCCACAUUUUUUACAUUCAUCUUUAAGCUCCUUGUCUUCCUGUACUAGUUUUUUAUUUUGUCAAUAGGUCUGUAGAUAGAUAAAAUCCAUUCCGGUCUAUUUCCCAUCUCAAAGGGAAGGGAAAGCCUCAGUUUGAGAUUAUUCCAAAUAGCUUGUAUUUUUUUUAAUUUUAUUUUUGGUUUUUGGUUAUAUAAGUAUCUUAGGUUUUAGAAUGGAUGGGAAGAGAACUUUUGAAGUUUCUGAUCUUAAUAUGUAUAAUUAAGACAGUUUGUUAUCUUA